AUGACCCCUUCUGCUGCUACCUCUGGCAGCAGCACAGCAGGCGAGGGCCUGGCGUUUGUAAUAACCUCAGCAGCACCCCAGGGGGCUGCGGCGGGGGUGGGGCUGGGAGGGGUGGGGAGGCGGAGUGUGGCGGUGGAGUUUGACUCGGUGCUGAGUGUGAAGCACAGCGACCCCAACGACAACCACGUGGGCGUCAAUGUGGGCGGCUCACCUGUGUCCCUCGCCUCUGCCACGGCCCCUCUCAUCCUCAACGACGCCCACACCAAGCACGCCUGGAUCCACUACGACCCCACCAGCGCCGGCACCCUCCGAGUCUUCCUCUCAGCCUCCAGGCAGCAGCCGUCCAAGGCUGUGCUGACGGCCAGAGUGUCUCUCUGCAGCGCGCUCAAACCCACCAUAGGGAGUGCUGCCUUCCUCUUCGGCUUUGUGGCAGCGAACAACACUCAGAGGCACGACAUCCUCUCGUGGGGGAUUGUAACUGCUCCUUUCUUCCUUGCAACCUAUCAUGACCCACCAGGCAAAACAUUUGGGCAGGUAGCAUCAGCAGAGGAGGUGGCAGCAGGCAGUGAAGGUGGAAGUGUGCCCUCCACCUUCCACUAUGCCAGCCUUGCCUUUCAUGCGGACAGCCCAGCCAUGGAGCCUUCUUGGAACCUUCCACCUUUCGUUUCUUGGAUGCUAAAUGAGGCUUCCUGGCCCGUGAAGAGCCAGCAUGGAUGCGGUAUGGCAUGGAUGCGGUAUGGCAUGGAUCCGGUAUGGCAUGGAUGCGGUAUGGCAUGGAUGCGGUAUGGCACGGAUGCGGUAUGGCACGGAUGCGGUAUGGCAUGGAUGCGGUAUGGCACGGAUGCGGUAUGGCACGGAUGCGGUAUGGCACGGAUGCGGUAUGGCACGGAUGGAUGCGUUAUUGCAUGGAUGCGUUAUUGCAUGGAUGCGUUAUUGCAUGGAUGUGUUAUUGCAUGGAUGCGUUAUUGCAUGGAUGCGUUAUUGCAUGGAUGCGUUAUCGCAUGGAUGCGGUAUGGCAUGGAUGCGGUGUGGCAUGAAUACAUGUGGAUUGAUCGGUUAUGCCAUGGGGGCAUAGCCGACUCCUCAGCAUACGCGGUGGUGGCGGCAGUAGAGGCAGCCUACAGCAUCGCCAGCAACUGGUCGCAGCCCCCCCGGCUGUCGGUGGAGCAGCUGCGGGUGGCCCUGUCGUCCAACUGCGACGACAUGCCUCCGCGCGAUGUGCUGGCCUUCCUGGUGGCUGCCACGCGCAAGGGAGGGGGGCUCGUGGAUGACGCAGCAGCAGCAGCAGCAGCAGCGGCCGCCAGUCCACACAGCAUGGCGUCCGCCGGCCGGCGCGAGAGACUGGCCGCGGUGAGUCGCAGCGAGUGGUGGGUGCUGGUGAUUGCAAUUGCAUGGAGAACAAGGUGA